UUGCUCCGUGUCUGAUUUCAACCGACAGGUUCCCGAACAUCCACCGACCACUGAAGUAAUUCACCAUUUACUGCUUUCACAGUUGAAUCUGUUAGUGAUCUGUAGUCUUUUGUGUUAGUAUUUUGGCUCAAUACAGUAUUGUCUAAUUAUAAAUAGUACAGUUUCGUGCGUUACUUUUUUAAUUGACUCAUCAUUGGUAAUAUGAUUAAGGGUGUUUUUUUCAGUUAAUUUUCAUGAAACCCGAAAACGGAUAUGUUUAUGGUACCAAUGCGAUUGCUUUUUAAAACUGGCAAGUCUAUUACAUUUUUGAUGGCUUGAAAGUAUGCUAAAACAGACAAAUAAUUGAGGAAUCAUAGUUAAAUUGCAACCAUUUUAAAAUCUCAAAGCUGGGAAAUAAUACGUAAGAGCCUGCACACUUUUUCAUGAGGAGUAGCGGUAUGAGAUGUCACUGUCAGUAACGCGGGAUAGGAGUCACAGAGACUAGUCUACAGAGCGCGUUAAUCACCUCAACCACCUGGAGUUGAUCCCCGAUGGUCAAGAGAACACCCACCUCCUCCACACCAACACCUCCUAUCUACCGCUUUCAACCACCGUCCCUCCGGAGACUCCAGCCACCAUGAACCUCACCGUCCAGCUUCUGGACCUGUGGCUGAAAGCCUCCAACCUCUCUCGGCGGCAGUUCAUCCAACAGUACUCCAUCCCUCCGCUGGUGUCCGUCCCCAGGUUGUCCUGGCCCCUGCAGCCCCUGUUCGGGCUGCUCUACCUGGUCAUCUUUGUCCUGGCAGUGGUGGGCAACGUGGCCGUGCUGGUGCUGCUGUGCAAGAGGAAGGCCCUGCAGUCGGCCAGCACCUUCUUCAUCUGCUCUCUGGCCCUCAGCGACCUGCUCAUCGCUAUCGUCUGUGUCCCUGCCACCCUGCUCCAGCACUUCUUUGCCAACUGGCUGGCAGGGGAUUUUCUCUGCAAGCUGGUGCCAUUUCUCCAGGUGACCGCCAUAUCAACCAGCAUUCUGAUGAUGACGUGCAUCGCCGUGGAGCGGUUCCAGGGCAUCCUCUACCCGCUUCACGUCCGCAACGGUUACUUCCUGUUCCAUGCGUGCAAGAUGUUGGCGGCUGUAUGGCUGGGCGCCGUGGCGAUAGCAGCCCCGUUGUUGUUCAUACAGAAAGUGGAGGAGAAGUACGACUUCCUGUACGACAUCCUCCACACCUGCUGCCUGGAGGUGUGGCCCUGGGUGCAGCAACGGCAGGUCUACACCACCUGUCUGUCCGUGUUGGUGUUCCUGGUCCCCAUGGUAACCAUGGGAGUGCUUUACGGCAAGAUCAUUCGUGAGUUGUGGGGGAAACACCGUGUUCAUGACAUCAUGUUCCAGACACUUCCUGGUUCGGAGAUCAACAAAAUCACCAGGAGAAAGAAGCGAGCGGUCAGGAUGAUGGCCACGGUGGUGCUGCUGUUCGCUGUCUGCUGGGCCCCCUUCCACGCAGUCUCUCUGCUCCUCGAGUACGGGCUGCUGGAGAUGGACCUGAACUCCGAGUUCCUCCUGAUGAGCUUAGUCCAGAUCCUGGGCUUCAGUAACUCGGUGUGCAACCCUCUGGUCUACGCUGCCCUCAACACCAACUUCAAGAGGGACCUUGUGGCCCUGCUGACCCGCCGCCAGAGGACCAAGACUCGCUGGUGGUCCGGCGUGGCGGUGAGGCGGCCCCGGGGGGCGCGUGUGGGUGUGUCGGAAGAGGAGGGCCCGUUCCCCAGCAGCAGGGCAGGGCGAGGCGUCACCCAGGCGGGGCUGCGUCAGUGGAGCAGGGUGGCCUGGGAGCUGGAGGCCAUAGCUCCGGCCCGGAGGGAGCCGGGACAAGGGGGCUCGUCCAGACCCUUCACCCCGCUGCACCUGUUCAGCGUGAGGCCCAAGAAUAGCAGCAGCCCCCUUCUCCUCAGCGUCACGGACCCCCCGCACAGCAACACGGCGGCGGGCAUCUUCUCAGGGUCAGACGCCACAACCUCACAGUCCAAGCCUUUCAACUUCUGAGGAAAGCAGAGAGACUUUUUUUGUUUGUUUUUUUGAACCUUUUUUUUCCAAUUUUUCUUUCGUAAUUGUUUAUGCACAAACCGUGCAUGUGGAUGAUCGUGAGUCAAUUAAUUUGUGACCGUCUCAGGGAAUCGACCGACAGCAGAUGCAGCUGGGACAUUCUGGAGGCUAAACGUACGUGUUCACCAGGUUGAGAUGAUCAC